CGACGGGAGUCCAGCUGCUGCUCCCGCUGCUGUGGCCGCUGCCGCCGGAGAGCGGGGACUGACCGCGCAUCUGUUCCGCGUUUUAGGUUGGGAAACGAGCAUAAAGGAAUUGCUUUGAAACAGCUGCCGGAAUAUAUAUUCCCUUUCUCCCCGUGUCCUUUCUCCAGAUGAGAUGGGGAAAGAGCAAGAGCUACUGGAGGCGGCCCGCACAGGGAAUCUUGCCGCCGUUGAGAAGCUGCUGUCCGGGAGGCGGCAGUCAGCAGGGACCGGCAGCGGCUCCAGAUCCAGCCUACUCAGCAUUCUGAGGGGUCCCAGUGUGAACUGUGUGGACAGCACAGGAUACACCCCCCUGCACCACGCAGCUCUCAACGGCCACAGUGAGGUGGUGGAGGUGUUGCUGAGGAACGAGGCGCUGACCAAUGCUGCUGACCACCAGGGCUGCUCACCGCUGCACCUGGCCGCCUGGAAGGGAGACCAGCGCAUUGUCCACCUGCUCAUUCAGCUGGGCCCCUCACAACCAAAACUCAACCAGCAGAAUAACGACGACGACACGGCGCUGCACUGUGCCGCGCAGUAUGGCCACGCCCCCGUGGUGCGCCUCCUGCUGGAGGAGCAGAGUGACCCCGCCCUGCGGAACCGGCGCCUGGAGACGCCGCUGGACCUCGCUGCCCUCUACGGGCGGCUGGAGGUGGUGCAGCUGCUGCUGGCGGCACAGCCAAGCCUGCUGGCCGGCCACGCCCACACACACACGCCCCUGCACCUGGCCGCCCGCAACGGACACCUGGCUGUGGUGGAGGCCCUGCUGGACGCAGGGAUGGACAUCAACUGCGAGACGGAGAAGGGCAGCGCUCUGCAUGAGGCCGCGCUCUUCGGGAAGACGCACGUGGUUCGCAGGCUACUGAGCGCAGGGAUCGAUGUGAAUAUGGUGGACUCCAGGGGCCAGACGGCGCUGGACACCGUCAGGGAGAUGCCGUCAAAAAAGAGCCGGGAGAUCGCUGCUCUCAUCCGCGGUCACAUGACUGGCAGCUCGUAUGACAGGGAUCUGCCCCCUCCCCCCCCCUCCCCCCCUGGCCAGGACACACCCAGCUGCAGGGUUAAAGAUUCAGAGCAGCAGAGUGAGGAGGAGAACCCGUAUGAAGCCCUGUUUGAGGAGAUGUCCUGCCCCGUCCCAGACGGCCUGGCCACUGACCUCGACCCAGGCCAGCCCCACAGACAGGACCUGCAUGCCAACGGCGUUGUGGAUGAGGAGGAGGAGCGAGGAGACCACGCCCACCCAGACACGCCCCUGUCUGGAAACGACUCCACCUUCCACACAGAUAAGGAUGAUAGCGCCCUUGCCUCCAGCGGCCUUCUACCUCAGGGGCCCAGGAGGCUGGGACGUCCCGCAUCGGGAGAUAACGGCCGGCUGCACCGCGACCGAAACCCCGCCAUCCCGGAGCAGUUCGCAGGCCUCCUGCACGGCUCCUCGCCCGUGACCGAGGGCCGAGGGGACCCCUUUCCUGCGCUCGCCGCGGCCCCUGCGGCCAUGUCGGCCCCCCUGCUGGAGGGUGACCCCACCGCCAUCUACGCCACCGUGGUGCACAGCAAGACCACGCCCAGCCCCACCCCCGCAGCCCCCGCCCGGGCACGGCCCCCGGGGGACCUGAAGCUCACCCGCAGCCUCUCCAAGUCGGACUCGGACCUGCUGGUGUCGCCCGGCGGGGAGGACGAGGGCGUGCUGGUGGGGCGCAGCGAGUCCGUCUCCAACUGCAGCUCACACAGGAAGCACAUGGAGAGGUCCCCCUCCUUCACCUCCGAGUGGGACGAGAUUGAGAAGAUUAUGAACCUGAUUGGAGCUGGAAUCGAGUUCUCCAGAGACCCAUCCUCCACCCCCACAGGCGGGGCGUGUGGGCAUGUCCUGGACCAGCCCGUGGGCGACUGGCUGGAGGGCGUCGGCCUGCCGCAGUAUGAAAGCCGUCUGCUGCUCAAUGGCUUCGACGACCUGCGAUUCAUGGGCAGUGAUGUGAUGGAGGAGCAGGACCUGAGGGAGAUCGGGAUCACGGACCCGGGACACAGGAAGAGGAUCCUGCAGGCCGCGCGGUCGCUGCCCAAGGUGAAGGCCCUGGGCUACGACGGCAGCUCCUCUCUCGCCUCCUGGCUGGACGGGCUGGGCCUGCAGGAGUACCUGCAAAACUUCCUGUCCAGCGGCUACCGCACUCUGGACAGUGUGAAGAACCUGUGGGAGCUGGAGAUUGUCAAUGUGCUGAAGAUCGGGCUGCUGGGACACAGGAAGAGGAUCAUCGCCUCUCUGGCAGAGAGACCCUAUGAGGAAGCACCUGUGAAACCCCCCCGCCUGUCCCAGAUCAGGGUUCAGGACUUGUUGUCCCAGCCGUCCUCCCCUCUCAGUCACAUGGACUCCUACAUGGGACGCUCCAUGGACCGGCUGCUUCCCCAGGGGGAUUCUGGGAGGAGGAGGGGGGCGGAGCCAGAGUACGACAUGUCCCGCCGUUCCCGUGGCGACCGUCCUCAGUCUCACGACAGGCUGUCUGACCGGCACAGGGAGCCCCGCCUGACCCUGCGCCCCCCCAGCCACGCCGCGCCCUACGGCCCCACCCCAAACUGGCAGCACCAGCCGGAGAAGCUCAUCUUCGAGUCCUGCGGCUACGAAGCCAACUACCUGGGGUCGAUGCUCAUUAAAGAUCUCAGAGGAACAGACUCCACCCAGGAAGCCUGUGCCAAGAUGAGGAGAUCAGUGGAGCAGAUGAGGAAGGUUCCCACCAUCAUCCUGUCCAUCACGUACAGAGGGGUGAAGUUCAUCGACGCCACCGGCAGGAACGUCAUUGCGGAGCACGAGAUUCGCAACAUCUCCUGUGCGGCCCAGGACCCGGAGGACCUGUGCACCUUUGCCUACAUCACCAAGGACCUGCAGAGCAGCCGGCACUAUUGUCACGUCUUCAGCACAGCGGACAGGGGCCUGACCUAUGAGAUCAUCCUGACUUUGGGACAGGCGUUUGAGGUGGCCUAUCAGGUGGCUCUCCAGGCCCAGAGGGCCAGACACCAAGGGAUUCCAGCAGGACCGGGGUCAGAGGCCAUUGAAACCAGGUCAAGCAGGCCGAUGUCCAGCUCCCGGCGGUUAUCAGCGAGUGCCCCUGUGCUGGAGAGUCGCUGCCACACGUGUUCGACUCACCGGCCCUCCUUCCUCCCGCUGCAGUCUCUCAGUUCAACGGCCCAGCUGGCAGACCCCCUGGAGGUGGAGCUGGAGACGCAGUCCCUGGGCAGCGCCACCUGGCUGUCAGACCACAGGGAGGCCAGCAAGCGGCCCAUCAGCACCACCAAGUACGAGACCACCAUCUUCUGAAGCUGGCCACACCCCCGUCCCCGUGUGCCUUCUCAUUGUGACUCCGCCCCCCGGACGGGCCCC